AUGGAAGCUGUUGUUGCUGCUAAUGGAGUCAAUCAUAAACAUAAUGGUCUAUUGGAGACUAAACCGGAGAAGGAGAAACCGGUUAAGCCAACAAGUUUGAGCAGUGGUUCAGACAUAGAAGAAGAAGAGAGCAGUGUGAGAUCUCUGAAGCGAGUGUCUAAUAAAAAACGUAAACGGUCUACAGCUGAUGAAGGUAGAGUGGCUAAAACCAAAUCUUCAAAAGAGAAGAAAGCUCCAAAGAAACGCAAAGAAAAAACAAAUGAUGAUGAUAAUGAGAAGAAACUGAAGCAGAGAAGCUCUGUGAAAAGAAGAGCUAAAACGAAGAAAGAAGACAAGGAACGUGAACAAGAACUGAAACUAGUUCCUUUCAUCAACCAAACAGAUGCUGUUAACAGUUCAUGUUCACAUUCUGACUCGGAUUCUCAUGUGAAAAAUGAUAACUUCAAGGACUGCAGAAGCAUGACAAGGAGUUUAAGGGUAGCUUUGGGAGAGCUUGCGAUAUGCCACCAAUGCUUUAAAGGAGAAAGAAGAUUUCUUUUCAUUUGCACUUUCUGUGAAGAGAAAAUUUAUUGUUACCCAUGUAUCAAGAAAUGGUAUCCUCACUUGUCACAUGAUGAUGUUAUUGAGAAAUGUCCUUUUUGCCGUGGAACUUGCAACUGUGACAUAUGUUUGCAGUCAAGUGGACUGAUCGAGACAUCAAAGAGAAAGCUCGGUGAUCAAGAAAGAUUUCAUCAUCUCCAGUACUUGAUUGGAUCAAUGCUUCCUUUCUUAAAGAAGUUAUGCAAAGCGCAAGAAAAAGAGAUUGAAACCGAGGCAAAGAUUCAAGGACUAAUGACAUCCCAAGUUGAUAUAUCUGAGACUCUAUGCUCAAAUGAAGAGAGAGUCUUUUGUAACCACUGUGCAACUUCAAUUGUUGACUUACACCGAAGCUGUCCAAAAUGUUCUUAUGAACUCUGUCUCAACUGUUGCCAAGAGAUCCGUGGAGGGUUGUUUUCUGAACGUCCUGAAAUGAAGUUGGAUUUUGUUUAUAGAGGCAGCAGAUAUAUACAUGGUGAAGAUGCAGAACCAAGCUCUUCCUCUGUUCUUGAGGAUGAAGCUAAUGAUAACAAACCGUCUAUCAAGUGGACUGCUAAUGAAAACGGGAGCAUAACGUGUGCUUCAAAAGAGCUUGGCGGUUGCGGUGAAUGUGUUUUGGAGCUGAAACAUAUCUUACCGUUUACUUGGAUGUCAGAUUUGGAGAAAAGGGCAGAGACGUUCUUAGCAUCUUGUGGAAUCAACUCUCUGAUGAUCUCAAACUGUAGAUGUUCUGAUGAUGUGGAGAUGAGUAUGACGAGGAAAGCAGCUUCUAGAAACGGUUCAAAUGACAAUAACCUCUACUCUCCUGAUUCUUUUGACGUUUUAAAGCAAGAGGAGCUUCUGCAUUUUCAAGAACAUUGGUGCAAAGGCGAGCCAGUGAUUGUCAGAAACGCUCUUAACAACACAGCGGGUUUAAGCUGGGAGCCAAAGGUGAUGUGGAGAGCUUUAUGCGAGACUGUUGAUUCAGCAACUAGCUCCUCUGACGUCAAAGCUAUAGAUUCUUUAGCUAACUGUGAGGUGAAGAUCAAAACUCGUGACUUCUUCGAAGGAUACAUCAAAGGAAGAUCGUACGGUAACUUGUGGCCUGAGAUGCUGAAGCUUAAAGACUGGCCUCCUUCGGAUAAGUUUGAUAAUCUUUUGCCUCGUCACUGCGAUGAGUUCAUCUCAGCGUUGCCUUUCCAAGAGUACAGUGAUCCUAGAUCAGGAGUUCUCAACAUUGCUACUAAGCUUCCUGAAGGGGUUCUUAAACCUGAUCUUGGUCCAAAGACUUACAUUGCGUAUGGGAAUGCAGAUGAGCUUGGAAGAGGCGAUUCAGUUACUAAGCUUCAUUGUGAUAUGUCAGAUGCAGUUAAUAUUCUGAUGCAUACGGCUGAAGUAACACUAACUAAGGAGCAGCUCUCUGCAAUAGAAGCUCUGAAGAAGAAACACAAGCAACAAGAUGAAAAGGAGCUUCAAGAUCAAAGUGGUGUAGACAGAGGAGAGAUUGUUAGUUAUGAUGAAGAUGGGUUUCAUCAUGAUGAAACAGGGAGUGCGCUUUGGGACAUAUUUAGAAGAGAAGAUGUUCCAAAGCUUGAAGAGUAUCUAAGAAAACAUUGCAAAGAGUUCAGACAUACUUAUUGUUCUCCUGUGACUAAGGUUUAUCAUCCGAUUCAUGACCAAACGUUAUUCUUAACCGUGGAGCAUAAGAGAAAACUCAAGGCUGAGUUUGGGAUUGAGCCAUGGACAUUUGUACAAAAGCUAGGAGAAGCUGUGUUUAUUCCUGCGGGUUGUCCUCAUCAAGUUCGGAACCUGAAGUCGUGCACAAAGGUAGCUGUGGAUUUUGUAUCACCAGAGAACAUUGAUGAGUGUCUACGUUUGACCGAAGAGUUUAGACAACUCCCUAAGAACCAUAAAGCUAGAGAAGACAAACUUGAGAUAAAGAAGAUGUUGAUCUAUGCCGUGGAACAGUCCUUGAAGGAAGUGGAGACAUUAUUGCCAAAUUUAAGCUAAAAAGAAGUUGGAACUUUUUGUUGUGACUUAUUUUGUUCUCAAACAUUGUAGCAGGCCUUUGUAGAUUGUAAAGCCUUGCAUGGGGUUUGACUGUAGUUUUCUUUUGGUGUAAUGGAAAUGGAAAUGAUCCCCUUUUUUGGGUGUAAACCAGUCUUUUUUGGUAUAUGAAAACGAAAAUGUUCUAAUGUAUUUGUAAUAG